AAAUCUCAUCAAUGCAUCAAACUAGUACUUACUCAUUGCCACUACAUUUGCAAAACCAUCAUAACUUUAAUCUAUCAAAACCAAAAUGAUGUUGAAGAAGCAAUCUCAUAUCUUAUCUUUUUCAAUAGUAAUACUAUUUUCUCUAUUGUAUUCCACAACAACUACUUUAUCUCAAUUAUCACCUGCUAAUGCUCCAAUACAACCUACACUACCGGGUGCGGCUCCACCAGCCGCAUCCCCGAAACCAUUGGUUCCGUCAUUACCACAAUCACCGAGUGAUUCGACACCUGACACUUCAUCAGUUGAUAUCGUCGGAAUACUAAGACAAGCAAAAUCAUUCAACGUAUUCAUUCGUCUAAUGAAAACAACACAAUUGAUAAACCAACUGAAUUCACAACUAUUAACAACAAAAUCAGGAGGGUUAACAAUUCUUGCACCAGAUGACAGCGCGUUCUCAGAACUAAAAGCAGGGUAUCUGAACUCUCUAUCAGACGGACAGAAAUUGGAACUAUUACAGUUUCAUGUAAUAUCAGAGUAUGUAUCUAGCUCUAAUUUUGAUACUCUAACCAACCCUGUCAGAACACUCGCUGGAGCCAAACCUGGAAAAGUAGAACUCAAUGUCAUAAGUUAUGGUGGAAAUGUCAACAUAUCAACAGGGGAAGUCAACACAACAAUAAGUGGCAUUAUAUAUACUGACAAACAUCUUGCUAUUUAUAAAGUUGCCAAAGUGCUUCUUCCUACGGAUUUCUUUGCCGUUGCUAAGGCGCCAGCAAAGGCGAAGGGACCUUCUUUGGCGCCGGAACCUUCAGCAUUGACUCCAAAAGCUGAUAAGGGGAAGCCAUUAUCACCAGAUUCCUCAGAUUCGUCUCAAGAUAAGCCUGCAAAUGAUAACUCUGGUACUGUGAAAAUGAAUGUCUGUGGAAAGUGGAUUUCUCUUAUUGUUGGAGUAGUUCUCGUGACUAUAAUGCAAAAAUAAAUCAGAAUGUGAUUACUGAUUUGGAUUUGAUUGUCAACUUCGUAGCCAAAAGUACUGUUCUAUUAAUUCAAGAAUUUUAUGCGAUGUGUUAUUAAAAUAAUGGAGAACGGAGUGAAUGUUGGAUUGCUGGUGAUGAGUUUAUCAAACUGAAUUAGGGGUUCUGAGAUUGUUGUAUCUAUGAAUUUAUUAAGCAAGAGUAUUAUGGUGUCAUUCUAUGGUGAAUUUUUUAUUUUUAUUUUUACUUGCUAAUAUAUGGGGUCGAGGAUGGGGUUUGGGCUCAUUUAAAAUGAAUUAUUCCCGUUAAAGAUUCAAGAAUAAAAUCAACUAUGAA